AAUUGGCUAAAGGUCAUGGUGUUCCCUGUGCUUUACAACUGGGUCAUUAUCAUCUUCAGGACCUGCUUUGUGGAUAUGGAAUAUAACUACCUGCCUGUGUGGUUAACCCUGGACUACCUGUCUGAUAUGUUAUAUGUGGUCGAUGUCAUCAUUAAAUUUAACACAGGAUUCCUAGAACAUGGCAUCAUGGUUCAGGAGCGCUCCAGGCUGAACAGACGAUAUCUGCGCACCUCAGAGUUCUUCUGUGAUACACUGUCCCUCCUGCCCACAGACCUCCUGUAUCUGUGGCUAGGGAUUCACUGCCCUAUGGUCCGAAUCAACCGCUUCCUACGCAUACCCCGGCUCUUUGAGGCCUUUGACCACAUGGAGACCCGUACAUCCUACCCCAACUCCUUUCGGCUCUGCAAGCUGAUGCUCUACACCUUUGUGUUAAUUCACUGGAAUUCCUGUGGAUACUUUGCCCUGUCCCGGACCAUUGGUUUUGGUGCAGAUCCAUGGGUGUACCCCAAUAUCACAGACCCCAAUUUUGCUUCGGAACUACGCCAGUACAUCUACAGCUUCUGGAUCUCCACACUAAUCUUCACUACAGUAGGUGAUACACCUGACCCAAAGAGAGAGGAGGAGUAUCUCUUCAUGAUAGCAGACAUGCUAAUUGCAGUGCUGGUCUUUGCCUCCAUUGUGGGGAACGUGGGGAAUGUAAUCACCAACCUUAACAAUGCAGACAAUGCCUUCUUCCCCAAUCACGAACUGGUCAAGAGCUACAUGAAGAUUCAUCGGGUGAACAAGGAUCUCCAGGCACGAGUGAAUGGCUGGUACCAGCACCUGCACAUCAACAAGAAGAUGACCAGGGAGAACGAGAUCCUUGAGUUAUUGCCAGACAGGCUCCGUGCAGAAGUGGCAGUCAGUGUGCACAUGGGCACACUCAGCAAGGUAACUAUCUUCCAGAACUGCGAGAUGAGCCUCCUGGAGGAGCUGGUGUUGAAGCUGAAGCCCCAAGUUUACAGCCCCAGGGAGUAUGUCUGCAAGAAAGGGGACAUUGGCCAUGAGAUGUACAUCAUCAAGGAGGGAAAACUGGCAGUGGUCGCAGAUGAUGGGGUCACUGAGUUUGCGGUGCUUGGGGAGGGAAACUUCUUCGGAGAGAUCAGCAUUCUUAACAUCAAAGGAAACAAGUCUGGAAACAGACGGACAGCAAACAUCAGGAGCAUCGGGCACUCAGACCUUUUCUGCCUUUCCAAAGAGGACCUGAAGGGGGUCUUGACAGAGUUCCCAGAUGCCAAGAGGAUCCUGGAAGAGAAGGGGCGGCAAAUCCUGAUGAAGAUGGGCAUUCUGGAUGAGAGCAUGGUGGGUGCUGAAGAAAAAAAAGAGUUGACGGUGAGCCGUCUGAAUGAGAUUGAAAGCAACCUGGAUUCCCUGCAGACCAAACUGGCUCGUCUGUUGGCUGAGCUUGAGUCCAACACAUACAAACUGAGGAUUAGACUCGAGCAACUGGAGAACAAAACCAGUGAGUGGGAAGUGCCAGAGAUGGAGGGUGAGGAGGAGCAGGGUCAGAAGGAUGGAGAGGGUGAGGCAAAAGGGGACAGAGUAGAGGGAGAAAGUGGGGAGAAAGAGGAUGUGCCAGGACCUAGCAAGGGGGAGUAG